GAAGCUGCCUUUGCAAGAAUGGCUCAUUUGGAAAGAUUCCUGCCCAUGGACCACAGGUGCUGCAGCAUGAUGCCAGCUCUGGACAAGUUCCUGUGCUCCAGUGCCAUCCCUGCUAUCCACCCCUGCUGCAGGAGCUCCUUUGCCAUGCAUCCUGCCUGGAACACCAAGAUCCUUGCUCCCCUGCGGUGCCAGUGGAUUGGGCGCUGCUUCCCCUCUCUUGGCCCAGCAUGGCAGAGGCUGAGCAUGUCACAGAGAUCAGCCAUCUUGGCCAAAAAUGUCCCUGUUCUGGUGAGAGGGGAGCAUGAUGGAUUUUAUUACCGUGGUACAGUAAAAGAGGAGGUGGAGAAUGAAAGGGGAAUGUUCCUGGUAGAGUUUACCAGACCACUUCAGUUGCAUGGAAGGCAUUCGGUACGUGUGCAAAAAACAGCAAAGGAUGACAUCCUGGAGUAUGCCAAUGGCAUGAAGCAUUCCUUGCUGCCAGGAGACAAAGUAUUGGCACCUUGGGAACCAGAUUUGGUGAGGUAUGGCCCUGGAACAGUCCUCACGGGCAUUGAGACGAGGGACCCCUUACGAGCCUCAGAAGAUGAAGAAAUUACGGUUCAGUUCUGGAAUGACAAGAAAGUGAACCUGCCACGAGGUGUAGCACUGUGGAUCCCUUCUAGCCUUUGUGGGAGGAUUGUGGAGAUGAUCCACAUGCCUUUCUCCAGCAGGUUAAAGAGCAGAGAAAGUUUUGACACUAACUUGUGCAUUUUUUCCUGCAGUCAUAAAACCACCUGGGUUCCUGUUUGUGUUGCAUGUAGCAACGCUAAGCACAGCUUGCUCUGCUCACCCUGCUGGCCACUUCUCCACUGUUGUUGUGGUGGUACGUGCUGUUCAUCAGCCUGUGUCCACUGCUUCUGCUGCUGCCAUGGCCACUUUGAUGUUUGGUGGCCUCUUCCACCCAAGUCUCAGGUCUUUCAGAGAGAAGCUGAAGAGGCAGAGCCCAGCAGCAAAUCCCCUCCACACCUUCUAGAAGUGGAAGGUCCAAAACAACAGGAGUUAGCAGUUUUGGCAGCACGUUCCCCUUCUGACUCAGUAGGUGAUCUAGAGGUGUUCCCCACUCAGAGUGCUGUAGUGGACAGUACUGUUAAAACAGACCCCAGUCAUCCCAGAAGCCAGAAGCCAGAGAAGCCCAGGCUGGAGGAAUCUGCAGGACCAAGUGGAAAUACUGGAAAAGGAACCACUACAAGUCUCAUGUCAGUAAUUCAGGAACUGGCAGACACAGCAGCAUAUGUGCAAAGGGCAAGUUAGAAUCCAAAGCCAUCUCUGUUGUAGGCAUGUCCCAUGUUGCACCACCUGAGCAGAGUGCAGUGUUGGAAACUACUGAGCAGCCUCCCAGAAGACAAUUCACAAUGAAUGAAAUAGUGAAAUACCAGGAUUUCAAGCUGUCAUCAGGGGUAAUUUGUAUCAAUGCUGUAUUUACUGACAUGAUCCGGUCUGUUUGAAUGGAACAAGUAUUCAUGUUAUUAGUUCAGAAAUUGGCAUUUCUAUAGUAAUUGCCUGCUAUGGCCUUCCACCGAUUUUAUGAUAUGGAGGGGACUUUUCCAUUAAUUUAAAAAAAAAUUAUUAACUAAAAUAAAAGUGAGGAGGACCUGAAGCUCCUUGUUGGAAUGGAAAAGGUUAUGCCAGUAAACAGUGUGAGCAAUCAGUAGAGACUCUACACUCAGAAACUAGCCACUUGUCCACUGACAUUGACCCAAUUAAGUCCUGCGGAAAUAGGGACCUGAAUGAGUGCCUCUGAAAAUGGUCAUCUCUGGCCUUCAGAGUAAAUAAAACCCAAGAAAAGACAGCUUAUACAAAAUUUUUAUGCCAAGACAGGUGUGUUCUGUGUUAGCCAAGUGUCAUAUCCAUGCACUGCUGAUGUGCUUUGCCUUUUGGUAAAACUAGAAAGAAACCAGAGGAGCCUCAUUCUAGCUCAAAACCAGCAGCAGGAAUCAUAGCAGUGGAUACAUGUGGUAACACAGAGCAUUCAUGGACUGCCAAUGGAUUUUUAUCCUGUCUUCCAGGAGGAAGGUUCUGUAGCAUCAUGAAAACAAAGAUAUAGACAUACAAGAAAGAAAACAGAGUUGGACAAUAAACAUAAAACAACUUGCUUAGGAGAGGACAAACUUGGCAGUACAGACCGUAACAGCGGAGAACAGAGAGGGAAAGAACAGCAGAGCUCAUGCUAAAGCAGGGAGAGGUGUGAUCCAUCAGAAUUCAGUAACUCUACAGCUGAUGAAGUUCAAGAGCUGAAAUUUCAGGUAAACUGCUUGUACUAUUAGCAAUGUUACAUUUAUUAAGCAAAUAAAGUUCUGAUGUAGGCACUUCAUAGGAGAGCUUUAUGGAUAACUGUACCGUUUUAAUGACAGACAUGAUUUCCAACCUGCUAACAUUUCAGCAUCCUCAUUCUUUACUCUAUGGUUAGUCUGCUGUUAAAUUGAAUUAUUUGGGGGUGAGCUCUUUACAUUUCUGAAUAGAUCAGAUAAACUAGUAUUAGUGCUGAAAGCCUGAGCAGAUGCAAGGCAAGGAUCUAAUAAACCUCCAAUUUAUCUGCUGUCCUCUGGUGCUAGCCAGAGGAAUUCAGCUCACCAAUUU